AUGGAUCCAAAAGUGACCGCAAAAGAUUGUCUUCAUUUGGCGAACGAUAUAAUAGUCGACAGAAAUCUAUUGAUCCCACGCUUGACAUCACUAAAAGACAUCACAUAUGAGUUCUUUGUGAUGAUCUUUGAGGACAUCUUUGGAUCCGAUUUCGCCGACUUCUCAUCAAUUGUUCCCAAAUCGAAAUCACGUGAAAUCCAAUUAAUGGCUAAACUUCUGGCAUUUGUGUCCAAAGAUCUGUUUGCUGUUGAAUUGGAUCACAUCAGAGCUGAAGACAUCAUUGACCACAAAGUGCUUCCAAUCCACGACUUCUUGGAAAUUAUCGCUACUUUUGUGAAAUAUCUUCCGAAAGAGUUUAAGGAAAACAAUUCGUUUGGAUCUAAACCACAGACAAAAGCCAUUGAAAUGAUUGGUUCGCCAAAGAUGUCGACCGAAGACUUGUUGCGAUCUUUAGAUAGACACAGAUCUCAGACGCGAUUGAGUGCCGACUCGACGUCGAGCUCACAAUCGACUUCUUCUGAGUCUAAAGAGUCGUUUCUUCGGCCGAAGCGGUCGUUGAGACAAACGAAGCCUUCUUUCGAUUGCAACACAAGUAAUCGAAAGCAAGAUUCGAGACAACAAUCCAAAGCCAUUCAAACAGAUAUCGAGACACAAGUGAUUCCUAAGAGUAUUAUUUGGCCGAAAAGCACGAAAUCAAUUGGUUUACAGAAAGGAAUGGAUUCACCGAAAGAAUCCUCUUUUGAUGAAUACAAACGACUAAAGUGUGAAAACUUUGCCACUCUUUUGGGCCAUCGAUUGCACGAAACGCUUCGUCUGAAAGAAUUGACGGAUAGUAUUGAGUAUAAGAUUAAGCGAUAUUAUGGAGACGUAACCACUCGUACGCCACAGAAACCUGUCAUUAGAUCCGCCACUAAACCGAAGAGCGCUCGCAAAACAUGGUUUCGGACGAAGAGAUCGCCGCAAAUGAAAAGAAAUACUCAAUUGAAAUGCAAAACUCCUGUCAAACAAAGCUUUAGAACUUCGAGUUUAGAUGAAUUGAUUAAAGCGUUUCCAGAGAUCCCCAGAAAUACUAUUAAAUCGCUUCAGAAUCAGGAGAAGCACCAGAAGAAAGUGAUCGAAGGACUCAAUAAAGACAUUGCAGUGAAUGAGCAGAAAGUGAAGACCCGAUUGAGUGCCGCCAUUGAGACACAACACAAGAGAUCACAACUAAUUCGCAAUGAAAUCAAACACUUGGAAGCGUUGGCCGAAACGAAAGGCUCGAAAAUGCAGAAAAUCAAAGAGAAUGCAGAGAAACGGGACGAACGGAUAGAGAGGUCGCGAAUGCAUACAAUGAUGAAUAGGUUUCAAAACGAUUUAAACGCCAAAUACAAGAGAUUACAAGCGAUUGAAGAGAGAAUCGUUUUGAAGGAGUUUGAAGAGAAGGAGAAGCGAAGAAAGGAUUACAUCAAUGACUUUAGGCAUCGCAUCCAAGAAAAGCAUUCAUUAGAAAUGGAGAAACAGAAGCAAAUGUUUGACGCCUUCGAGACUUUAUAUCAGAAUAAAUACGAAGAGUUAAACCAAAGCCUCACUGAAGAGGAGAAGCGAUUAAAGAGUGAGAUCUCCUCUCAAUCGCAUUAUUUGCGUUCACUUAAGAGGGAAUUCAAGGAAAGAUUAAUGUAA